CUCUCCACCGAGCUUUACUCUCACAUAUCUACUCACUUCUCUCACAACCUCUUACCAAAAAAUGGCCUCUGAUGGUAGUUUUGUCUUCCUAGCCCAUUGGAACGGUGAGAUAAUGAUCAAGAACAAUGAGGUGGAGUACUCAUUGCAUUCAAACAAGGCCUUUGUUUUUGAUCUUGAUAUCUCAUUCGAGGAGGUCUUCAAUGAACUCCUUGAUGCUAUUGGUGAAGAUAAUCUCAAUUCCAUCAAAAACAUUUGGGGAAAAUAUCCCAAAUACAAGGAUGGAGUUUAUGCUGCUUCACGCCCUUUCCCCAUUUCCGAGGAACGAACAUGGAGGUGUUUCGUUCAAAAGGCAACGAAUGAAUAUGAUGAACUUGUGGUUUACCUAGAUGCACACGAAGUUGAAGUGUUGGCUAACGAGGAAGAAGAAAUGGAGGAAGAGCAAAACCACCAAGCUCAUCACCACCAAGUUCAUCACCAACACCAAGUUGAUGAGGCAGGGCCGUCUAACACAGCACGAGACAUGGAUGAUGAAGAUGACUCUGAGGAUCUGACGUACGUUGCUAAUUCUGAUCAAGAGAGCUCUUCAGAUGAGUCUGAAGUCUCUGGAUGGGUCUCUAUGUACACACCGGACGUGUACACAGAGGAGCCUAUUAACAUUGCUGAACAAGGAAUUCCAGAAUUUCCGAUCCCUAGGCUCAUCCAGGCUGCAGAGGUAGGUGUUGGGGACAUUAUUAUGGUUGACAAAUUGAUGGCAAUGGGGUAGAAAAUUGAAGUCACAUGGACGUGCAUGCUAGAUGUUCAAUUCUAAAAAAAGGACAAUCGAUGAGAGGAAGUAAAUUACUCCCUCUGUCUAAAACUUUUUUCUCAGUUUGACUUUUCUCCAUUUUUAAUUUUUGGCUUUGAAUUCAAAUUUUAUCCUCUUUAAAAAAGAUUUUUUGAAUUUUUUUUUGCAAUCAGUCAAAAUAUAGAGUUAGAAGAUAAUUGGUGUAAAUACAUGAAGGUAUUAAUGUCAUUUGUCAUCGUUUUUUCUCUAAUGGGAAGGUAGUUUUAGGACGGAGAAAAAGGGGAAGUGGGAAGAAAGUUUUAGAACGGAU